AUGGAAGUUCAACAAUUGUCUUUGGACCGAAUCGAAACCCUUCCUCAGCACAUAACAGAAGCAAUCCUAUGUCUUAUGCCAUUUAGAGAUGCAGUGAGCACCAGCAUUCUUUCAAAAGAUUGGAGAUACAAUUGGGCCAAAAUUCCUAAACUUGUGUUUGACACCGAAGAUAUGUUUGAUUGGAUGGCUAUAACUGACCAAGUUUCUAAACCGGUGCUUGACGAGGAAGAUCUUGAGUGGGAAGAUUCAUUUUAUGUCGGGCCCAGGACUAACCACUACAAGCGUACAGUCUAUAAUGCUAUAAACGAUAUCCUGUUUCUGCACGAGGGUCAAAUAAACGACUUCACCUUAAUCUUGCAUAUUGAUAACAUAUCCGUUGAAAUUGACCAAACAAUGAAUUAUUUGUCGAGGAACAAUCAUACUACUCUCAAGAAAUUUAAACUUGACUUGGGUGAUCAUCACAAUCUGUAUCGGUUACCUUUAUCUAUCUUUUCUUUUCAUCGGUUAACAGACCUAUAUCUCAAAGUCUGCGAUCUCGACUUUGAACCAAUAUUCACUGGAUUUGGUUGCCUUACAAGCUUACAUCUCGAGAAUGUCAGAGCUACUACAACAACACUUCUCCGUCUUCUAUCUAAAUCUCCAUCACUUAAGAGCUUUACUCUGAUUAAAACGGAAUUUCAUAUUGGGGAUGAUAGAUUUCUUAACCGGGACGAGUACUCCCUAACUGACCUAUUCGAGUGUUUACCUGUGAUUGAACAUUUCUGCGUUUCAAUGUCGGUAAUUGGAGUAGUGUUUUGUUGUUGUGUGGUCCCACACAAGCUUCCACCGUCAUUAGUCCACGUCAAACACUUAACUUUAGACGAGGUGUUUUUCCCCCAGUGUAUACCUUUUGCUCUUCUUAUGAUCAAAUGUUCCCCAAACCUUGAGAAACUUAAGCUACAGGUAACUAUUUAUCGUAAGUAUUCCUAUUUUCAGUCAGAGACUGACGACGUUACGUAUUCAGAUAUUUCGUUGGAACAUCUGAAAGAAUUGGAGAUAGAAGACUUUGCUAACAUGAAGUCUGAGUUGGAUUUUGUGAAGUUUAUUUUGACCAAGUCACCUAUGCUUAAGAAGGUGAGCAUAUGCCUUCACCCUGAGGUUGAUAUGCUUGAAGAGGUCAUGACCUUAAGAAUUCUGUUACACUCCCCACGUGCAUCACCGAUGGUAAAGAUCAUUGUUGAGUGUCCACCUAAAAAGUAUAAGGGGAGGACACAUAUUACCGAUCCUCUUUGA